AUGGGGCUCCUAGUGAUGCACAAGAUCAACUCACAGUCGCUUUUUCGGACACCGUCCAUGAUCCGUAGGGUUACGCCUGUAGCACUCUUGAUGGCUGUUGUGCGCGGGGAAACGCACACCGUCCGAUUUACGAACAACUGUGGGUUUGGCACACCUAUCCUCAUCGGGUCGGAUUCUGUGCUCUCAAGAGGCGCAGACUAUACAACGAAUAGCUCCAUAGGUUCCGCUCGCGCUUACCUUGACUAUGACGCCUGCGGUACUGAUGGCAGCAAUUGUACUAUCGCCGAACUGGGCCUCACAAAUAGCGGUGGUUCCAUCGCCGACAUCUCACUUGUGUCUCCUUUCGAGUUCUCCGUGGCGACCUGCUUGUCCUUCUACAACGGUUGCGACGGCCUUGGCUUCUCAUGCACAGAAUCGGACUGCUCUGGAGUCUGGCGGAAACCCACUGAUUCUGCCGGAACCAUUCUUCGAUGUCAGGGAUUCAACAAUGUUAACGUCGCCAUAACGUUCUGCAACUGUGAUCAAUUCACUGGUAUUGCUGGCUCAUCAAAUGGAACCGCAACAUCCAACGCAUCAUCUACCGGAACUACGCUUGGGUCAUCACAGACGAAUAGUGCUCGCUCAGCUACCAAUCAUCCAUCAUCUACAGCAAUCGCUGGGGAAUCCGACUCAGGAGAUGCUUCGAGUCAUUCACCCAACGUUGGAGCAAUUGCGGGCGGUGUAGUGGGUGGAAUCUCCGGCCUGCUCACUUUCAUCGGCGUGCUCUUCCUCUGCCUUCGACGUCAACGUAGGAAGUCUUCCGACCCGGAUGUAGACGAGUACAAAGGCUUGGAUCCUUUCCCCAAGGGUGACCUACCACCUCGAGCGCGUAUGUUAUUCGCGGAGAAGGGAGGGGAUGCCACCUCCAGUUCCAUCCUGCUUAGAGACCGCGAGGCGGAGGUCCUCGAUAUCUCGCACCCACUGCCUCCGCCUCAUGAUACAUUCAGCGCUCAGUCACUACCCAACGAAGUUUCAGCCCGAUCCCCCCAAGACCGUACUCGCGUCAUUGAGGAUGUCGUGUUGAGGACAUUGCAGGGUGACGGCACCGAGGGACUCCCCUCGCCGGCAGCUCGCGGCGCGUACACCAGUCCCAAGCUACCACCGCACACUCCCGCCGCGGAGCAAGAGGACGUCUCGGUCAUCGAGGGCGUUGUACAGCGUGUACUGCAAGGGUUCUUGGGCGGGCGCGAUGGAGAUGAACCACCGCCCAGUUAUGUACGCUGA